GGGCGCGGACUUGUGUCCCUGCUCGCGGACGCCCGCGUGCCGGGCGAGAGCUCCCGGAGCGCCGGGCCGCGGGGACUGCAGCUGACGGCCCGGGGCGCGGCGGCCGGGCGGCCGUCUCCGCGGGCGGGGAGCGAGCGCGUGUGUGCGCGAGAGCGGCGGGCGGCGGCGGGAGGAGGCGCAGGCGCGUUGCUCGCCCGUCUGCAGCCCCGCGCCCAGCGCCGCGUCUCGGGGAGUUGAUGGCAGCACCACGGUGCGGCCGCCCUGCCGAGCGCCGAGCGCAGCCUCCCGCCGCUGCCCGGGGAGCGUCCAAGAUGAGGGGGGCUCGUGGCGGCAGCGGCCGCAGCAGCGCCAGGGACGGGGGCGCGCAGCAGCCUCCGCUCGCCCGCCUGUGCUGACCUGCCUCGCCUGCCCCCAGAGAAUGUCAGCCAAGUCCAAGGGGACCCCCUCCUCGUCCUGUCCAGCCGAGGGACCGCCGGCAGCCUCCAAAACCAAGGUGAAGGAACAGAUCAAGAUCAUCGUGGAGGAUCUGGAAUUAGUACUGGGCGACCUGAAGGACGUGGCCAAGGAACUUAAGGAGGUGGUUGACCAGAUUGACACCCUGACCUCUGACCUACAGCUGGAGGAUGAGAUGACCGACAGCUCCAAGACGGACACCCUGAAUAGUAGCUCCAGCGGCACGACGGCCUCGAGCAUAGAGAAGAUCAAAGUGCAGGCCAAUGCCCCUCUCAUUAAACCCCCCGCACACCCCUCUGCUAUCCUCACCGUCCUGAGAAAGCCAAACCCUCCGCCGCCUCCCCCACGGUUGACACCUGUGAAGUGUGACGACCCCCAAAGAGUGGUGCCAGCCGCCAAUCCUCUAAAGACCAAUGGAACCCUUCUGCGAAACGGAGGCUUGCCAGGGCCGCCGAACAAAAUUCCCAAUGGAGAUGUCUGCUGCGUCGCCCCCGGGACCUUGGACAAGGCUCCAGCACAGCCUCUGAUGCACAGACCUGAAAAAGACAGGUGUCUCCAGGCAGGACCUCGGGAGCGAGUUCGGUUUAAUGAGAAAGUGCAGUACCAUGGCUACUGUCCGGACUGCGACCCCCGGUAUAACGUAAAAAACAGGGAGGUCCACUUACACAGCGAACCUGUCCACCCACCGGGAAAGCUUCCUCACCCAGGCCCCCCGCUUCCUCCUCCACCCCAUCUCCCUCCUUUCCCCCUAGAGAAUGGGGGACUGGGAAUAAGCCACAGUCACAGCUUCCCCCCUCUCAGACCUGCAACUGUGCCUCCUUCCACUGCACCAAAACCACAGAAGACGAUCUUGAGGAAAUCAACCACUACCACAGUGUGAUGUAUGCCAUUUCAAAAACUUUUUGUGUUUUUUUUUAAUUUCUAUAUUAUAAACAUAAAAUAAUAAAUAAGGAGCACUUUCUACUCAAGCAAUAAAAAGCCCAAAUAUAUUAAUUCUGCAUUCAGCAAAGUGGCAUAAAAAAAAACCAUCUGGUAAGUAUGCCGUGUGUUGUUUCUAUCCCAGGUUUACGUUAUUUAAAAAGUUGCAUCACCAGAAACCACAGAACCAUGAAAAGGCUGAAUAUGUUGUGUGUGUGUGUGUGUGUGUGUGUGUGUUUAACUGACCUGUGAUAAACAGUGACCUGCAGGUUUCAAAUAGUUUGGUUUACUAUAAGAGAUGGAAUUAGAUUCAUUUUAUUCAUGCCUAACUCAUCUAUGCAUUAAUAACAUAUCACCCCCCCCCCCAACUUCGACCCGAUGCUUUUCAGGAAGAAAUUUUAAUACUGAAGGACUAUUUUGUUAUUUUUUUUCUAAAGAUGUUUGUCACUAGUUUUACAUUAUUAAAUGCUGAGAACAAUACCAAAAAGUUUAUUUUCUAUACUAUACAAUUAUAUGUUCAAGCUAUCUAUGUAAUGAAAGACUUUGUCUGUGGAAAUGUCAUGUGUCAAUAAACAACAGUACAUAAUGGCAAAAUCAGAUGUUCCUCAGAAUUAAAAUGCAGCAGUGGUUCAUUUCAUCCCUACUCAUUUCACCGAAAUGGGUAGCUAUUCUGACAGAGUGUGGAGAAGAUUACAGUGAGCAUAUGCCAGAAUUUUCCAAGUUCACUCUCAUAGUCAGGUCAUAAGUAGUACUUCACGCAUUUUCAUAGGAUGUAUUGUGGUCCCCCCAAGACCGUAUGUGGAGUGUCCCGUUGACCCAGUGCAUGGCCAAGCCCUUUAAGGCCCUCCUCACACUGAGCAUUCCUCCAGGACACACCAUAAACCAGUAUGUUGAAGCAGUGGGAUGGUUUGCCUCCUGCAUCAGCAAGCUCUCUGCCUUCCAACGAAAUCCCUAUUUAUCAGAACUACAGCGGAAAAUAAAGACGCUUCUGGAAUAGGAUGUUUUUAGUAUCAGCCUUAACGCUGUUUCCCCUCAGAGUUGAAAUAUGUCAGGGGUCUUUGUCAUAUUUUAGGAGGAAGAGAAGAAAUCCUUCCCUCCUAACAUCUUACAAAAGCCCUCUCUUAAGUCUAACUUGCCAGCUUAUGUCACUUACCCAUCCAUGGACCAAGUUAACUUCUCAACUACUGUGAUGUGGACUGAUCGGAUAUUUUGUGAACUAGAAAUGAGCUUAUCUGUCCUAGAAUUAUGAAAACAGGUGCAUACCUGAACAAAAGUUGUCCAUGACGUGGCAAGAGUAGAGGGAUUCAUCUUUGGUAGAAAUUCGUUUAUUGCGCAACUUAAUAAAGAAUGCUUUAAUCUUUUAGACUA